AGCGAGCCCGUGGCGCAGGCAGCGAUAAAGCUAACAAAUGGUGGAUGCUAGCUAGCUGUUAGCUGUUAGCUUAAUUAGCCUGCACGGUUUGUUUGGGAGGGGGAUGCUCUCGUUUGCUCUUUGUCUUCCCCCGGGGAUACACACACACACACACACACACACACACACACACACACACACGUGGUUGCACACACACUGCAAGCUGCCAGAGGGGCUAGCUGUUACCACCAGAUAGUGAAAGAAAUCAUUUGUAGAUUAGCUGUCAUUGAUGUGGGUCAUUGCUGGGGGGGGGGGGGGUCACAGCGGUACCGUAAACCACAGACGCCACAGUGCCAUCAUGUCGUUAACAUGCCGACACUGUGUGGAUACAUCGGCGAUCCUGUGGACAGGAUACAGAGGCAGGGGCUGUCGCCUCUGGCACUAGAUCUGAAAGGGAAUGAGAUUCAUGCCGUUCAAGGUGUCAUCCUGCACUGAGACUGUGAUGAUGAUGAUGAUGAUGGAGAAGUCCUUAUCUGUAACUAGCACAGAAGUCACUGUUCACCCUGCCUUUAGAGAGAGAAGGAAAUGACUCAGCUGAGUGUCCGUCGCUGGACACCCAAACACGUCGCCAAGUGGCUGAAAGAAGAGGGCUUCUGUGACUACGUGGACCUGCUGUGCAACAGACACCGACUGGACGGCACCAGUCUGCUCGCCCUCAGCGAAUAUGACCUCCGCUCGCCGCCUCUGGAGCUCAAGGUGCUGGGGGACAUCAAGCGCCUGAUGGUGUCGAUCCGCAAACUUCAGAAACAGAACAUUGACUUGCUGGAGGAGCUCGGUCUUCCCUUCGAUGGCCACUCGCCCACCGGCUCCGGGGGCAGUUUGGAGUGGCUGUGUAACGGGGACCCGGGCAGAGACUGUGACAGCACUGACACGGCACCGGUUGGAGAGGAGUAUCACCAGUACACGAAUGGAAAGUACAAGCAGCAGACGAGGCGUCUGGAUCCAGAGUACUGGAAGACAGUGCUUAGUUCCAUCUAUGUGGUGUUUGUGUUUGGGUUCACAUCCUUUGUCAUGGUCAUAGUACAUGAGAGGGUGCCCGACAUGCGCACAUACCCUCCCCUGCCAGAUAUUUUCCUAGACAGUGUGCCCAGAAUACCAUGGGCCUUUGCCAUGGCUGAGGCAUGUGGAGUGAUCCUCUGUAACAUCUGGUUGCUUGUUCUGCUGCUGCACAAACACAGAUCCAUCCUGUUGCGGCGGAUGUGCAGCCUCAUGGGGACGGUGUUCAUGCUGCGCUGCAUCACCAUGUUUGUCACUUCCCUGUCAGUGCCAGGACAGCACCUGCAGUGCUCGGGAAAGAUAUAUGGCGACAUGUGGGCCAAACUAAAGCGAGCUGUGGCCAUCUGGAGCGGCUUUGGGAUGACCCUGACCGGAGUGCAUACCUGUGGUGACUACAUGUUCAGCGGUCACACUGUGGUCCUCACCAUGCUCAAUUUCUUUGUCACAGAAUACACUCCACGGAGUUGGAACUUCAUUCACACCUUGUCCUGGGUCCUCAAUCUUUUUGGCAUCUUCUUCAUCCUGGCUGCACAUGAACACUACUCCAUCGAUGUGUUCAUCGCCUUCUACAUCACCACCAGACUCUUCCUGUACUACCACACUCUAGCCAACACCCGGGCCUACCAGCAGAGUCGACGAGCUCGCAUUUGGUUCCCAAUGUUCUCUUUCUUCGAGUGCAAUGUCAGAGGACCCGUUCCGAACGAGUACUGCUGGCCCUUCUCGAGACCCGCCGUGAUGAGGAGAGUGAUUGGAUAAAGAACAGGAGUGACAGCGGUACUAACAGAAACUACUUAACCCAUAGUGUUUUCCCUGCUUUGUGAAGUUGCCAACUGAGGUGGUGUGUGAUGUCCUCAUCAAGAAAGACAACUGAAAGACAUCCUGUGGGCACCAAAGCCUGAUGGGAUGCACAGAGCCAUACCUUCUUACAUUCUGGGACUUAGUGUUGAACCUGCCACCAAUUUUGGGAGGAUUAAACUAAAUCCACAAAACCUGCCAAGUUUAAAAGCCCUGUUAACACUUUCUGCUGGAUUUGAAAACUAAACGCUGGGGAUACAGCACGUCUCAUUGAUUGGGUCAAAAGGGAUAUCAUUUUAUCAUUAAUGUAGCACACUCUUUGGUACCUCCCAACUUGAAAACAUAGUAUUUGGACAUAGAAUUAAGAUGUAUCUAAACGUUUUCGGGCAGCAGUGUUCCUAAUCCUUUCCAGCAGUUAACCAUUUCCCAUGCAAUUAAUAAUAAUUUCAAGGUUUGGAUCUUGAUUCUUGACUGAAAGUUUUGUAUUACGUCUCACUUUAAUUCAUCAAAACAUAACUCUGUGGACCACUGUUAAAGCAAUAUGUAAAGAGCUACCUUACACCAUUUUUUAUUUCUGUAUAGCAGUUUUUCCAUCAUGGUGAGUAUCGGAUGUGAUGAAAGUCUCCUGCAUUCCUUGAGAUUAUGCUUACAUUUUGACAGUGUUGCUAAAUGCUAACAGAGAAACCCAUGGCUCAUCGUUAGAUAAACAACAUUAACUCUUUUGUUUUUAUUGUUUAUGUUGCCUGUUUUUUCUUUGUCAGAUCUAGAAAAGAUACAUUCAAGAAAUGUCUUUUUCAGCCAAAACCAUGGAAUGAAUUAUUUUUCCAGGUGUCUUAAAUAUAACUCCAUUUGCCAAUUAUCUUUAGCAUCACUAUAGUUUUCUCUGUGUAGAUAUGUCCCAAAUCUUAUAAUUUUUACUGUCGGGUAGUUGUAUAGUGCUUUUCUAAAUUGUCAUACACUGUAAAUGACGAGAGCCAUUUACCAUUUGAGCUUUACCAGAUAGUAAUUCUUUGACAUUAAUCUGUAGUUGUUUUUAAAAAGGACCCGUACAUUUGUAGGUAUUUGUUUAUAUUAAUUUAUUUCAUUUUGUAAAUGUUGAUAGGUAUUUUUAUAUUUCAUGUACAGUUGCAGCAACAUGCACAUGGAGAAAUGUUUACAGUUGCUCGUAACUAUGGAUUUGUUUGAAACACAAUGUGCUAUUUAAGUGUAAUGUUCUUGUCAGAAGGGCCUCUAUUUCACUGAGUGAAAAUUGCCACAGUAAGAUGCAGUAAGAUAUGUUGUCAUUGAUCUGGUCAUUACAGCAGAAAAUGCUCUUAUGUUCAUAUGCCCCUGCAAAGCCACUUAACUUGUUUCAUGUCUCCUUCAGUAAUUUCCAUCAUUAAAGUGCUGAAAUCAAA